UCAUUGAGCCUGCAGCCCUCCCUCUCUCCUCUCUGCCCUGUGUUAGAAAUAAGAACCUCUUCCACUCUGUCAGAGCUCCAGCAGAGGAAGUCUGAGCCUGUCUGCGGGUUUAUGACCCGAGGACCUCACACACCAUCUGACUUUAUCCAAACUGGAUUCCCGGAGCUCCUCGCCAUGCAUGCCCGGGUUUAGAUUCUCCAUGGAGCUCUCUAACCUGUACGAGGUCGCGCCACGGCCCCUCAUGAGCAGCCUGACUCACGGCCAGCAGCCCCCCUCCGGCUAUAGAGACCCGGCAGACCUCGGUGGUGAGAUUGGAGACAACGAGACCUCCAUCGACCUGAGCGCUUACAUCGACCCUGCAGCUUUUAACGACGACUUCCUGGCAGACCUGUUCCACCACAGCUCCCGGCAGGACAAGCUUAAGAUCAUGAACGGAGAGUACGACUCUUUGCCGUGUGGCCCGGGACCCCAGCAGCUCUACAUGUCCAACUACAUGGACUCCAAGCUGGAGCCACUUUACGAGCACAACCCACAGCGCAUCAGACCUGUGGCCAUCAAACAGGAGCCCCGGGACGACGAGGAUCUGAAUCCGGGCAUGCCUCCCAACUACCACCUCCCACAUUCCCAGCAGUACUCCCAGCACGCGCAGCAGCAGCAGCCGCACCUUCAGUACCAGAUAGCGCAUUGCGCGCAGACGACCAUGCACCUCCAGCCGGGACACCCGACCCCUCCGCCGACCCCGGUGCCCAGCCCGCACCAGCACCAUCAUCAUCACCAGCACCCUCACCAGCACCCGCAGCAGGGUGCCAUGAAGCUGCUGGAGCACCAGCGGGCAGGCAGCAAAUCCAAGAAGCACGUCGACAAAAACAGCCCUGAGUACCGGCUGAGGCGAGAGCGCAACAAUGUGGCCGUGCGUAAAAGCAGGGACAAGGCAAAGAUGCGCAACAUGGAGACGCAGCAGAAGGUGGUGGAGCUCACCACCGACAACGACAGACUGAGGCGGAGGGUGGAGCAUCUGACCCGCGAGCUGGACACGUUACGGGGCAUCUUCAGACAACUGCCGGAUGGAUCGUUCAAGCCCAUGGGCAGCUGAGAGAUUACUGUGCCGGACUGCAUGGAGCAGACUGGAGGUACACUGCUGGAUUUAAACCCACACUCACGCGUGUGCUCUGUGGGACUGAGAGCUGAGAGGAGAGACAGGCAGCUGAAAAAAACAUCAGUUUGACUUCCAUGGAGUCUGAAACGCCAAUUUCUCUUCAAAUUAACCACUGCAGUUGUAAGAAAUAAGAACUCUCCGGACAGGAAUAUUCCAGAAAAAGUGUCAGAUUACAUAACUGGACAGAAAGUGGCGCCUGAUUCUGGAACGUACUUUAAAUUAGUGGUUCUCAACUGGUGGGUCUGAACCCCAAAUCGGUCAUGGAGAUGUUUUGAGUGGGUCAUAAAUUGUGCGUAAAAAUGUGGCAAAGAGUCUAAGAAUUUUAUAAAACUCAGAUGUGCAGUGAUGAGUAAGUUUGGGGUGUUUUCUUGAGAUCUUGACUUUUUAAUCUCUUAUUUUGGGAUAACAAAUCUGAUUCUCCAAUGAUAAUGUUUUUAUUUCUCAAGAUCUCUAGAGGACAAACCAAAUGUGUGUGCUAUGCUGGCAAACAGGUGAAAAUACUUUUGUAAAUUUAUGCAUGGAUUUCCUCCCAGGACUUCUUCAAUGAUGCAUUUUUAAACAUUUAUGUUUUUUCCUGUCUCUUCAAUCAAAUAUUUUGUUCCAUCUAAGGUCCAAAUUGCAGCAAUUUUCAUUAAAUAAGUCUGAGUGGUUAAAUCUGGGGAAAUCUGGGUUCUCAUUAAAGGGGUGGUGGUGGGUCCUGAGGCGAGAUCAGCUGAGAACCACUGUGUGAAACCUCUGUGAGAAUUUAUAUUUAUAAACAAGAACUCUCUGGAGCCACAGACAGUUUCUCCUUUUUCAAGAACAUUCCAGAAAAAAAGUGUCAGAUCAUAAAACUGGACAGAAAGUGACGCCUGAUGCUGAAACAUCCUGUAAACAUUAAACUGGACACUUCAUGUCACCUUCACAUCCUUGGAGAAAAUCAGACUUUUGUGGACUUUGUAAAAGAUGAGCUGACUUGUUGAGACUUGUGUAUUACCUUCUUUUUUUGCCGUGUUCAUGUGCCUUUGAAAACUUUGGUGCAAAAGCCGAUAAGCUCGUUCUCCUGCCGAUCCACACAACAGAGGACUGGUUGUUUCUGUGCCUUAUUCCCAUACAGACUGUGUGCACCACACACUCUACUCACAUAUCAGUGCAGCUAAGGUAGGGCACGGUGGAGAUGAUCCAGAAUCAGCCUGUUGUGCAUGCAGUUGUUAUGUUUUGUACAUCUCCAUAUCCUCUCCUUGUGUGACUUUAUAGAGCUAUGAAAUGCAAAGUGCACGCUGCUUGCAUAUAGGCUUAACUGUGUACGUUUAUGGAUUUAUGUUUGUUUUCUUCUGUUGUUCCUCAUGGAUGAGCGUUGGUAGUAUAUACAGAUCUGUUUGAUGGUAUGUAAAAGGAUGGAGACACAUGAUAAUGUUAAGGCAGAGUGUUAGCUGUGCAGCUGUCUUAUCCAAAUUUCAACAAACAAGACUUAAAGUUCUUGAGGAUGCUUGCCUCUCCUCCAAAAGGUUUCAAUCUUUAGUUCAGUUCUCAGAGCGGAUGGAGGAGAGGUGAAACAUCCUGGAGAACCUAACCCAGUCCAGUUACCUGCAGAAUGAAUGAGAGCCUGCAGAGACAUUUGUGCAGCAAUCUUUAAGAGACAAAAAAACCCAUCAAAUUGAAAGAAAACAUCCAGUAAAAGUCAUCUCAAUAUUCAGCCAACUUUGGUUAAAAGUUUGAGCUGCCCUAAGAUCUUCAAACUUUCAUUUUAUUCCCAUGCACAAGGAGUAAAAGCUGUUCAGCCGUAUAAAUCUUGCAGAGUUUACAAAAUGCAUCUCAACUUUUGAGUUGUGACAUUAAUUGCAUCAUCCUUCCUGCUCAGAACAAGGCAGCUUUUCUCUGUCUGUUCCCUGAAAUAUUAGCAGAGAAUUUGUGCUUUUAAUUUUAUAUAAAGAUAAUUUAUCCACUAGAGUUGCAUCUGGUGAUGAAAUGCCAAAGUGAAUAAUGAUUAUAGUAGUAAUAAUAAAACAUACUCAAAAGCAAUGACUGGAAUGAAAACUGUGGUACCUUCAGCUUUACGUCACCAUCCAGUGAAAAGCAAACAUCUCCAGACCUGCUGCUUCAUCUCCAGAUGAUUUGGAUGGAGAAAAAAAUCAGCAAAGGCUUUAAUCUGAAAUCCUGCAGACUUGUAGAUGUUUGUUUUAAGAGGACUGUGACGGUUAGAGCAGAUUUCUUCUUGUAUGCACUAUUAAUAAUCAAAUGAAGCACAGAGCUGUACAGAAAAACCUUCAUGUGUUGCUGAUUUAAAAACAAAAACAAUGUGAAAAGGGUUUCUAUGCAACAUGUCUCUUCCACACACCACACACACCCCGACACACAUACACACCCACACACACACAGUGCCUUCUGAUCCUCUGAGAUGACCUUGGACCUCUAGCUGAUCCACUUGUCAUCGCUCCGUAGAGAAAAACAUUGAAAGGUGAUGAUUUGUGUCAGCGAGGAAAAAGGAAGCACUUUUUUUUUACAAAGUGAUGUAAACCAAUGUUUGUCUCAAAGUUAAUGUCUCAAUUGUAAAAUAAGCCUAAAUAUGAAAAUAUAAAUAUAAAUAUAUAUAUAAAAUGCCAAAAAAUCUGAAUAUUAUAAUAAAAGAGCUUGUUUU